GUGAAGAUGGCGGAGGGUGAAUUGAACGUGGACAGCCUCAUCUCUCGGCUCCUGGAAGUGCGGGGAUGCCGCCCCGGGAAGAUAGUCCAGAUGUCCGAGGCAGAAGUGCGGGGCCUCUGCAUCAAAUCAAGGGAGAUCUUCCUCAGCCAGCCCAUCCUCCUGGAGCUUGAGGCGCCCCUUAAGAUCUGUGGUGAUAUCCAUGGACAGUACACAGAUCUACUGAGGCUGUUUGAGUAUGGUGGCUUUCCUCCAGAGGCGAACUACCUUUUCCUGGGUGACUACGUGGACAGAGGUAAACAGUCCCUGGAAACCAUCUGCCUGCUGUUGGCCUACAAGAUCAAAUACCCAGAGAACUUUUUCCUGCUCAGGGGCAACCACGAGUGUGCUUCCAUCAACCGUAUCUAUGGAUUCUACGAUGAGUGCAAGCGCAGAUUCAACAUUAAGUUGUGGAAGACCUUCACUGACUGCUUUAACUGCCUCCCCAUUGCUGCUAUUAUUGAUGAGAAGAUCUUCUGCUGCCACGGAGGGCUAUCGCCUGAUUUGCAGUCAAUGGAGCAGAUCCGCAGGAUCAUGAGGCCAACAGAUGUACCUGAUACAGGCCUGCUGUGUGACCUGUUGUGGUCUGACCCAGAUAAGGAUGUACAAGGCUGGGGAGAGAAUGACCGCGGGGUGUCCUUCACCUUUGGGGCCGACGUGGUCAGCAAGUUCCUAAACCGUCAUGACCUGGACCUCAUCUGCAGAGCCCACCAGGUUGUGGAGGAUGGAUAUGAGUUCUUUGCCAAACGCCAACUGGUCACACUUUUCUCUGCUCCAAACUAUUGCGGGGAGUUUGAUAACGCAGGCGGCAUGAUGAGUGUCGAUGAAUCCCUCAUGUGCUCCUUCCAGAUCUUAAAGCCCUCAGAGAAGAAGGCCAAGUACCAGUAUGGUGGUGUAAAUUCUGGUCGGCCCGUCACCCCACCCCGCACCGCUCAAGCCCCCAAGAAGAGGUGAACAUGCAGCCUUGGCUUUCCCCCUCCUCCUCACCCUGUCCGUCCCUGGUCUGCCCUCAAGGCAACCUCUGUAACUCCCCUGUAUGGCGAAGAUACAGGGCUUAUCUAAUUGCCCAAAUCUUUCUCCUCGUUCUCUCCCACUGACCCAACCCUCUUCCCAACUCCACUGACAGCUCUUUUCUUAAUGUGUAUGUGUACAUAAAUUUGCUGUGACCAAUCUGUUUAAUUUUUUUGCCUGUUUGUUGGUAUUUUUGAUAUUAUUAACACUUUUUUUUGUGAAUAUACUUCCAAUGCCAUUCGAGGUUUUCUUGAGUUGUGUGAGGAAAAUGGCCUCUCUAAUGUGUAGAGAGGCAAAGCGACUGAGUUAGAGGAAUUCCUUUUCAGUUCCUCAACCAAAACAAAAUGGAUAUUUAACAUUGUUUUGCCUUGAUCUCUCAAAAAGCAGAGAGAAUCCUUCCAGUGUAUUUCAAUGGGAUGAGAUUUCCGUGCAACGCUAAAUCCGUAGACGCAAAUAACAUUUCUUACAUUCCAAUUUAACAGUAUAAACAGAUUAAAGCAUCUGUGGUGCACUUGCAGUUGUUGUGCAUAUACAUAUUUUAUAUAUAUUUAACCUUUGAAAAAGUGCACCUCCCUGUGAGUAGCAAAGAAUGUGAACAGACCGGCUUGAAUGAUAUAUAGAGGCUUUAUCAUAUGCUGCUGGCAGUGGACACGCUCUACCUGAACACAACGCCCUCUGGACAUUGAUUGCCCCACUCAGUUAUGCCUCCCUGUGCCUCGACUCCACACCCCGCACAAAAAUAUGCCACUUCUCACACAGAGCUGAUAUUGACAUUUUCCCAGGUCUAUUUAUCAUGUGUUUUCAUCAAGAUAAUUUCCCCCAUAUAAUCCUUUUGCAGGGUGUCCAUGGGGUCUUAAAAUGUAUUAAAAGUUGAUAAAUAAAUUUAGCAAAGUUUAAGGCCCUUUAAAAAGUAUUAAAUGCCAUUUUCCAAAGUAUUAGAUUUUAUAACUUGGUUUCAAUGCAUAUCAUUUUUUCAAUACAAGUUUCAAUGCAAUGUCCAAAGAGGUUGUAUGCUAACGUUUACCUGAAUUUAAUCAUUUCGUAGGCGCGUAUUGGGAUGCUGUGUAGUUCAUUAAUGGAAUUCUGCUAGAUUUGACGUCAUCUGAAAAAGACAACUAUUAGAACGGUUGGAACCAUGGCUGAGGCCCAUCUUUGGGAAUAACUGUGAGGCGUGCUAAGUGCUAGACACAAAGCCACUAUAGGACACAACAUUUCUGUGCAACGCAGCCGUCUCUACACACCACCGCUAAUGGUUUCUCUGUCUAAUAAACCUUGCAUUGGGUUAGGCACUCUCGUGCAUUCUCUUGUGCUUUGUUCCCACCCCGUGUAUCUGAAUUAUGUUUCGUUGAUAAGGAGUUAUCAUAAACUAAGACUGUUUAGUUAUCUUAAAGUACAUAAAACAAUAGUAAAUGUAAGUUCAAGUGUGUCGCCGAUGUAAUCGGUUAGUACUAGAAGAUGCUGAGCUUAGAACUUGCGAUGAGGGCUUAAAAUCUUUGUGAAGGGUCUUAAAAAAAGGUCUUAAAUGGUAUUUAAUUUAAGUUCAGGAUUCCUGCAUAUACCCUCGAUAUUCAUAAAGACAGUAGAAGAAGCCGAGAGAUUUGUAUGAAUUUGUGCCCGUGGAAAGUUAAAUCCAUGCACAGGCAUUUCACUAAUUUACAUUAGACAGUUACUAAUGAUCAGUAUUAUAAAUGCAGACAUACUGGAUAAAUGGUAUGUAAGUGCUAACAAAAACUGUGCUUUGGUAAUUGGGCCUUUGUGUUAAAAAGCAGGUAGGGAUAUGGAAGUGUGUGAUAGUAGUGGCUAUGGUUUUGCAAGUGUCUGACUUAUCUAAGUAAGCCCUUACAGUAUUAGAAACCAGGAAUACAAAGUAAGCUUCACAAAAUGCUCCACAAUAUUUUAAAUGCUUACUGCAGUGUGUGUGUGCGUGUGUGUGUGUGUGAGCACAUAG